GUCGCCACUUCAGAGUUCCAAGACACACUUGCGAAGGCGCUGCUGGAGAAAACACCAAAUACGAUUGGUGUGGCCGAUGGUCGCUUUCUGGCCGCUCAUCUGCCGAGGGAUCCACAGCAAUUCAUUCCUCAAAUCAACAAGUCGAGAUGGGCCGAUUUGGAUUUGUGGGAGGAAGAACCGCCAACAUGGUCCUCUUGUAAUCAUUCCGUCAAGCUGAGUAAGAAGGAGAGGAAAAAACAAGAUAUUAUAUAUGGUUAG